AAAAGAAAAGAUAAGAAAAAACAUUGCCGUUGAAGCUGCUACACUGUCUAACCCUAAAUCAUCAAUCAAUUCAAUUCAACACUCUUCCUUUUCGCGCUCCCGCGUCACUCACUGAGUCUCCGAGUCACCACUCACAACGUUGAUGACAACGAUGAUGAUGAUGAACGCGUUUCCUCCUAGGGUUUUGGAAUCUCUCGAUUCCAUGGAUUCAUUUGAUAAUUCCUCUCUACAUCUCCUAUCGCGCGAGCUUCUGGAGGACAAUUUUGAGGUAAAUGAUUUUGAUGGUGCUGUUAAUUUGGAGGUCGAUGUGGAGACAUUGCUCGGAAACAUACUUGAUGAUCACACAAAUAGCACCACUUUGGAAAAUUGCCAACAUCAGAAUGAACCAGUUUACAUUGAUUUAGAGGCUGAUGAAUGUGUCAAUUACAGUCCUCCUGGGGUUUUGGAAUCUCUCGAUUCCAUGGAUGCAUUCGAUAAUUCCUCUGCAAGUUUUCAAUCGCACGAGUUUCUCAACAAGUUGGACGUAAAUGAUCUUCAUGGAGCUGUUAAUUUGGAGACCGAUGUGGAAACAUUAUUGCAAAACAUACUUGAUGAUCACACAAAUUCUGAGUUUGAAGCUGUGAAACUAUCAAAUAGCACCACUUUGGAAAAUCGGCAACAUCAGACUGAACCAGUUUACAUUAAUUUAGAGGCUGAUGAAUGUGUCAAUUACAGUACUCCGCCAAGUUAUGUGUCUGAUAUCGCUGCAGAUGCAACUUUUUCACAUAGACCGACACCCUACUUCCCCGAUUUUCAGGAGCAUUUUGACGAAUUCGUCUAUCCAAAAGGGGACCCAGAUUCCGUUUGCAUAACUAGGAGCGAUGUUGAUCAAUUAAAACCAGAUACCUACAUCAAUGACACUAUUAUUGAUUUUUACAUUCUAUAUCUAAAGAAUAAGAUGAAAAAGCAGGAAAAGCCUACCUUCCACUUUUUCAACAGUUUUUUCUUUCCAAAAUUGGCUUGUAUGGACAAGAAUUCACCCUCAGCGUUUCAAAGUGCUCGUAAAUGGACAAGAAAAAUAAAUUUAUUUGAAAAAGAUUAUAUUUUCAUACCUGUGAACUUCAAAUGUCACUGGAGCUUAAUAGUAAUUUGUUAUCCUGGGGAAGUUGUUAAUAUUAACGACACAGAGCCGGAAAUGUCACUUAAGCUACCCUGUAUAUUGCAUAUGGAUUCUUUCAACGGAUAUCAUAGUGGUCUGAAAGACCUUGUGCAAAGCUAUUUGUGCGAAGAAUGGAAAGAGAGGAAAAAGGAUACAUGUGGAGAAGACCUCUCAUCAAGAUUCUUGAAUAUGCGUUUUCUCCCAGUUGAGGUACCACAGCAGGAAAACUCAUAUGAUUGUGGCCUCUUUUUACUUCAUUAUCUAGAGCUCUUCCUGGAUGAAGCUCAAUUUAAUUUCAAUCCGUUGAGAAUAACCAAGUUCUCCAACUUUCUCAAUUCAGACUGGUUUCCACCUGCGGAGGCUUCUCUCAAGCGAACAUUUAUACGUAGGUUAAUAUUUGAACUUAUGGAAAACCAUGGUUCACAUGAAGGCUUUUCCCAGAACAAUGGUGAGGCUGAAGCAACGGAUGUCUAUAGAAAACAUUCAAGACCAUAUCCGAUGUGUAUAGAAAACAUUCAGCAGCGUUUGCAAAAGGAUGAUCCCAAAAACAAUUCAAGACCAUUUCCGAUGUCUAUAGAAAACAUUCGGCAGCGUUUGGAUGAUCCCCUCAUUUAUUUUUCUCAACAUUCGAAUACGAUGUGUGCUGGCAACAGGAAUUGGUCACCAACUCUACAAUUGCAUCAAGUUGAUAACAUGAUACUGGAGUUUUGGGAGGAGCAACCUGCAAAGAAGAGGCGGCUUAUGCAUUUUCCGGGUGGAAGUGAUGGAAUCCCGGCUUCUUUUACCAUUCUCAAGUAAGGACAUGAUCACAGCUAAACCUGGAGCUUGUGUCGGAAGGCUUACUCGUCAUUCUGGAUGCCUUAGAUGCAUAGUAGGGAAGCCUUGUUAGUCUUCAAAAUUCCCUUAAUCCUAAAAUCAUUUAUUAUUUUGACCUGAUUGGUGGUAAUCAUUAUUACACCAUGAUGACACUGAACCAUAUCCUCAUAGUUAGACUUAGUUAACUUGGUUGUAUUGGUUAAACUUACUAGUUACUUGUGUUGUAAGUUAACCAGUUAGUUACAUAGUAGUUAGUUAGGUUAUAGCAUGUGAAUAUCUACACCAUAACACACCAUAAGCUAGUGUGUGAUCUCCUUUCUACUAUAAAUGUAAAUAUUACAAUCAAUGUACAUAAUGAAGUUAAUCACUUUAAUUCAAUUGUCCAAGUCAUAAUUUGUAUCAGUUUCUCACCUGGAGAGUUUGUUAUG